AUGCAGCACUUGAGGCACAUCGCGGCGCUUUUCGCCAUCUUUCUCUUCCUUUCGAGCGACAAUAUAGUUGGAGCUCGCCGUCACAACCGUCGACAGUCUCCCUGUACCGUCUCUUCAGCUCCAGGCUCUCCUUCUUCCUCCACAACUCCUCAACCACCGCCAGUUUCAACAUCUGCAUCCACAUCUCCAAUCAGUUCCUCUGUUCCUACAUCCGCACCAUCUUCUCCUGGCCCACCAAACCCACCAGUUUGCAAUAUGCAAUCACCGGGAAUCUGUCAACUUGCCACUAAAUGCAAACCUUCCGCCAAUCCCCUCGUCCAAGAUGCCUGGAUCUUCAGUCCAUCUUGCAAUGUCAUUGGCGGUACAACCGGUCUUGCUUUAUACCAGACUCAUUUCUUGGCUUCACAAUUGCCUUAUGGAGUCAUAUUGACGGGUAAUAGUCCUACCGCAUCCCCUAGCUUCGACUAUGCGGGAGGUCACUAUGGAGUUGGUGGUACGGAUGGUGGAAUUCCGGGUUGGUGGUGUGCGAUUGAGGCAGAUGGUACUUAUGAUUGUUAUGCGCUCUUCAAGUGUUAG